UCCGUCGCUUCAGGUCAAGACGCUCGUCUCGAUCACGUGACAUGUCACCUCAGUCGGACCAGACAGAGGAACAGAAAAGUCUGGGAAGCUUCUUCGGAAAGGGAAAAAAAGCCCAACGAGGAGACGGAAGAAGAGGCUACGACCUCUUAGAAAAGCUGCAUUUAAAAGAACAUUUCUGGAGUCCUACUUAUCUUAACUUUGCAUAAUAUGUGGUAACAGGCUAGCUAACGAGGCUAACGAGUCUUCAAAACUGGAGACCAAGCAUCCUGCAUUAAAAGACAAACCUUAACCACUUUGGGUGUCAUUGUCUCCGAUUACGCCUAGAUGGGAUCGUUUCUGAGAAGCAAGCUCAGUUCUCAUGGAUUUCCACUUCGUUGGCUGUUGAAGAACAUGAACGCCACUUUGUCUCAAAGGAUAGUGUGGGUGGAUCUUGAGAUGACAGGCUUGGACAUAGAAAAUGACACGAUAUUGGAAAUGGCUUGCCUUAUCACAGACUCCAAUUUGAACGUUUUGGCUGAAAUGUCUUGUCAGGGACCUAAUUUGAUAAUAAACCAGUCCAAUGAACAACUGGAAUCCAUGUCAGAGUGGUGCAAGGAGCAUCAUGGCAAGUCUGGACUGACAGAGGCAGUACGACGCAGUCAAACCACCCUGGGACAAGCAGAGGAGGAAUUUCUGUCAUUUGUUAGACAACACACGCCAGCUGGACAAUGUCCUCUAGCCGGAAAUUCUGUGCAUGGAGAUAAAAGGUUCCUAGAUAAAUAUAUGCCUCAGUUCAUGAAUCACCUCCACUACAGAAUAAUUGACGUCAGCACCAUUAAGGAGCUUUGCAGGAGGUGGUUUCCAGUGGAAUAUAAGAUGGCGCCACCUAAGAAAGUAACCCACAGAGCCUUGGAAGACAUCAGGGAGAGCAUAAUAGAGCUGCAGUACUACAGAGCCAGUAUCUUCAAAGCCGCCAUUGAGAAAUAGCUCAAGAUUGUUUAAAUCUGUAGCAGUAUUAGUCAAUGAAUCUUUUCAAAUGGCGUGUAACUAAACUGAGAACUUCCAUCUGGUGUGACAACCAUGUUGAAAUACAAAGUAGUACUAAUUUGAGCAAAAACUAAUUAGUUUUCUCAAAUUAUUAGUCUCAAUAACCUGUCUGCUGAACCACUCACUCACUCGGUCGUAAACGGGAAAUUACGUCACUGACUCGUAAAGUCCCUCCUCCAGCUAACGCUCGCUGCUGAUUGGUCGUUCGUGAAGCUUUACGAGUGAGUGACAGACAGCAUUGCCGCUAUUCCAGCCGACACGUUUUAUUUUGUAUUUGUUGGUUUGUAGUUGAUGGUGUUUUUUUUUUUUCUUUUUUUACCGAAUGUGUUUUUGAUUGAAUUUAAGGUUGAAUUAAAAAAAACAUUAUACCGAUA